AUGCUUUAUGACGAGGUCCAAGGAGUCUCAAGGACCAAGAGCGACCCCGCCGCCGGGUCCGUGACUCCGUGGUCCCUGUCUCCUGAGUCUCCUGAUCCCUGAGCUAGGCCGAACAACGCCGCGCGCGUUUUCAUAAAGUGCGGGGAAGCUGUGCCUGAGGACUGAGGGGCCGAAUUCUGAGACACUUUGAGAUUUUGACCAAUUCUGGGCUGGAACCGCCCAAUUUUCGAAACGAAACCUUCAGCUCUUUCAGAGCUUCAGGGAUAGAACUGCAGUACAGUCAGACCUGAGAAAAUUUAUAUCGCCCAAUCUUAUACCUGUCAAAAUUUAUGGACUUUUCAAUCUCCCGACUUUUUUGGCUGACAGAACCUGUCCAAUCUUAUACCUUAUAAUUUAUGGGUUUACAGGUCAAAUUAUAAGAUAAGAGAGAGCCGGAAAUGAGCGAUUGAUCAGGAAAUGGCCUCUCCCUCGGCGUUCUUGUUGACGAGCCGCCUGCUGGAAGAGUCCGAAAUGCCCCGAAACAGCCGAGAAGCGAGCACAGGAGAGCAAAGGCGGCGGUUGACAAUUUUACGAACAAGUACGACCCAAGUGAUUUCUUCAACAUGGACGAAACCGGUCUCUUCCACGCUAUGCGUCCGUCUACGGGCCUUGCUCGGAACGGUCGAAAUGGUGUCAAGAUGAAUAAGACUCGCAUCAUUGCGAGACAUGAGGCGUGGAACGACAUCCGCCCCGAGACGAUUGCCAACUGCUGGCGCCACGCUCAAAUCUUGUCUGAUCGCAAGAACAAAGGAUCGACCGACCAUACACCUCUUCCCAACAGUCGCAGGCCUCUCAAUGGCGAUCGCGGCAUCAUCAACGCGAUGAACGCUCUGAAGACGGCGAACGAUGAGCUGGUCGAAAAGGGCAUAGUUACGAGCAACGAGAAGAUGAGUAUCCACUUUCUCGUCGAUGUGGAGGAGGAGAACCUUGCUGGUGGGGCUGAAAUGACCGAUCAGGAGAUUGUGGACCUGGUCAUUGCCAAAGAGUUGAAGGAGAAUUGCGAGGGAGAAGGAGGAGAGGAGGAAGGGGAGAUAGAGCUCCGACCGGCGGAGCGAACGACGCUGCAGGAGGCAAUCUCAGCGCUUGAUGUUUUCCUUAGGUUUGCUAUGAAUGGAUACUCAGGUCCAACGUAUUUGAUUUCUUUUGAGGACGAGGCUAGGAGGAUUCGCAGGACUCUUGUUGCCGAGCAGGAUGCCGCGAGGAUUCAGACGACAAUGACUUCGUAUUUCCAGCGUUAG